ACUGCUGUUUAGUAACGCUCUCUCUCUCUCUCUCUCUCUCUCUUUUCCAAAAAAAACUUUUUAGGCAAGAAGAAUGGAUUUAAGAACAUUAUGAGAAAUGAACUUGUCCUUGAGUUAAACUGCUGUGGUAAAAGUUGUAUCUUGAACAGGGAGGGAGGAUCAGGGGAAGAAAGGGAGGAGAGAGUCACCUGAAACUCCAUGUUAUACUGGAACUGAUUUCUCUCUCACAGGAAAAUAAGAGGAAAAUGAAAUAAACUCUGACAGUGAUUACUGCCAGUGGCCCCAAACGGAUACCUGUAGCAAAGUGUUCUCCAGAUUACGACUUCUGGCUCUCCACUACCCAUGCAGAGUGAUGCAUCCAUGGAUCCUCUUCCAUUCAAAGAAGGAGACCCCUCAUCUGGACACAGUUUAACCCAGGUAAAGAGACCAGACUCGCCAUUACUCAGCUGUGUCUCCAUGAAGAGUGAUGCGUCUAUGGAUUUUCCUCUUACAUUCAAAGGUGGAGACCCCUCAUCUGGUAACAGUGUUCUCCAGAUUACGACUUCUGGCUCUCCACUACCCAUGCAGAGUGAUGCAUCCAUGGAUCCUCUUCUAUUCAAAGAAGGAGACCCCUCAUCUGGACACAGUCUAACCCAGGUAAAGAGACCAGACUCGCCAUUACUCAGCUGUGUCUCCAUGAAGAGUGAUGUGUCUAUGGAUGUUCCUCUUAGAUUCAAAGGGGGAAACCCCUCAUCUGGUAACAGUGUCCUGCAGGGGGAUGGAAACAGAAGGGAACAGAAGAUCAUCACAGAUCCAGGUUGUGAAUCUUCAUCUGCUGUAACUGCAGUUCAGGAGAAAUGCAAAUUCAUUCUGAUGAAGAAGUUUCAGCAUGUGAACGAGGUGAUAACAAACCAGGGAAACCCAACACUUCUCAAUGAGAUCUACACAGAGCUCUACAUCACAGAAGGAGACAGUGGAAAAGUCAAUAAUGAACAUGAGGUGAGACAGAUCGAGGCAGCAUCCAGGAGAGCAGCAACAGAGGAAACACCAAUCAAAUGCAAUGACAUCUUUAAGCCCUUAUCUGAAGAAGACAAACCCAUCAGGAGUGUUCUGACAAGGGGAGUCGCUGGCAUUGGAAAAACAGUCUCUGUGCAGAAAUUCAUUCUAGACUGGGCUGAAGGGAAAACAAAUCAGGACAUUCAUCUCAUAUUUCCACUUCCUUUCAGAGAGCUCAAUUUGAUGAAGGAUCAAAAACUGAGUCUGAUUAAGCUCCUUCAUUUCUUUUUUAAGGAGAUAAAAGAAACAAACAUUUACAGCCUGCACAAAGUUCUGUUCAUUUUUGAUGGUUUGGAUGAGUGUCGUUUUCCUCUGGAUUUCCAGAACACAGUGAGAUUGUACGAUGUAACUGAAUCAGCUUCAGUGCAUGUGCUGCUGAUAAACCUGAUCAAAGGGAAUCUGCUUCCCUCUGCUCUCAUCUGGAUCACCUCCCGACCAGCAGCAGCUGAUCAAAUCCCCUCUGAGUGGUUUAAUCGAGUCACAGAGGUACGAGGGUUCAAUGACCCACAGAAGGAGGAAUAUUUCAGGAAGAGAAUCAGUGAUCAGAGCCUGAGCAGCAGAAUCAUCACACACCUGAAGUCAUUAAGAAGCCUCUACAUCAUGUGCCACAUCCCAGUCUUCUGCUGGAUUUCAGCCACUGUUCUAGAGAGAAUAUUGGAGGAAGCAGAGAGUGGAGAGAUCCCCAAGACUCUGACUCAAAUGUACACACACUUCCUCAUCAUUCAGACAAACAUCAUAAAGAAAAAGUACACAAAGAACCAAGAGGCAGAUAAAGAAAUGGUUCUGAAACUGGGUAAACUGGCUUUUCAGCAGCUGAAGAAAGGCAACCUGAUCUUCUAUGAGGAAGACCUGAUGGAGUGUGGCAUUGAUGUGACAGAAGCCUCAGUGUAUUCAGGUGUGUGUACACAGAUCUUCAGAGAGGAGUUUGGGCUUCACCAGAGUAAAGUGUACUGCUUUGUUCAUCUGAGCAUUCAGGAGCACCUCGCAGCUCUAUAUGUGCACCUGAUAUUCAUGAAUGAAAAGAGAAAUGUUCUUAAAAAGUCAAUAUUGCCAAUAUUGAGGCUGAAAUUUAAAAUCCCAGAUGUACACAAGAGUGCUAUAGAUCAGGCUUUACAGAGUGAAAAUGGACAUCUGGAUCUUUUCCUUCGCUUUCUUCUGGGUCUCUCCCUGGAGUCUAAUCAGAUCCUCCUACAAACCAUAGUGACAAAGAGGGGAAGUAGCUCCCACAGUUACCAGGAAACAGUUUAUUACAUCAAGGAGAAGAUCAGAGAGAAUUCCUCAACAGAGAAAUCCAUCAAUCUGUUCCACUGUCUGUAUGAACUGGAUGAUCAUUCUCUAGUUGAGGAAAUCCAACACUAUUUGCAAUCUGGAAAUUUACAACAAACUGAACUUUCACCUUCUCAGUGGUCAGCUGUGGUGUUUGUGUUACUGACAUCAGUGCAGGAGCAGGAUGCUUUUGUUCUUAAUAAAUAUACCAACAAACGCUAUUCAUCAGAUGAGGUUCUCCUGAAGCUUCUGCCUGUGGUUGCAGCAUCCAGAAAAGCUGAGUUGAAUAAUUGUGGCCUAAAUGAGAAAAGUUGUGCAGCUUUGGCCUCAGUGCUCAUCUCUGAAUCCUCCAAUCUGAGAGAACUGGAUCUGUCUAGAAGUGAACUCAGAGACUCAGGAGUGAAGCGUCUCUCUGCUGGACUGGAGAAUCCUCACUGUAAACUGGAGACACUGAGGUUGUGUAAUUGUGGUGUCUCAGAUGAAGGUUGUGCUGCUCUGACUUCAGCUCUGAGAUCAAACCCCUCACACCUGAGAAAACUGGAUCUGUCUAAGAAUAAACUCAGAGACUCAGGAGUGAAGUGUCUCUCUGCUGGACUGGAAAAUCCUCACUGUAAACUGGAGACACUGAGGUUGUGUAAUUGUGAUGUCUCAGAUGAAGGGUGUGCUGCUCUGACUUCAGCUCUGAGAUCAAACCCCUCACACCUGAGAGAACUGGAUCUGUCUGGGAAUAAACUCAGAGACUCAGGAGUGAAGCGUCUCUCUGCUGUACUGAAGAAUCCUCACUGUAAACUGGAGACACUGAGGUAAGAUCAUCUCUGAGAGUCACAUGACCUGCUC